UUACACCACGUCAGCAAAAAUUAAAUCAACGGAUAGAUAUGAGAUAAGAGUGUUAUCGCUUACCUUCCGAGCAAUCCUAGCCGUUGCUUACCCUCACCGUCUCUGGUUCCUUAAUAAUCCUCCCGGCGAUCUGGGAAGAAGAGAGAAAGAAAGAGUGUAAAGCAAAGAGAGAAUGAUCCGCACAACUCUGCUGUUCCUUAUCAUCGUCUUCUGGACGCAAGUACUACAUGCGCAGCUUGUGCCGCCGGCGAGGCCCGAUGGUUUCGUUUACCCACCGGGUCGUCGCGUUGACCCGGAUAGCAUACUGAUCGAGGCGUUUUUUGACCCCGUUUGUCCGGAUAGUAAAGACGCUUGGCCGCCUCUGAAGCAAGUGUUUCAACGCUACGGAUCUCGCGUUUCUUUUCUACUUCACCUCCUCCCUUUACCGUAUCAUGACAAUGCAUACUUAAGCUCUCGGGCUUUACACAUUGUGAAUGCUUUGAACGCCAAUGCUACCUUCAGUUUACUGGAAGGCUUCUUUAAGCAUCAGGCAUUGUUCUACAACGCCCAAACACAACUCCUGUCAAGACCCGAAGUUGUGGAAAAAAUUGUCAAGCUUGGAACAGGAACGUUAGGAAACUCGUAUCAACAUGUUCUCAAAUCCGGCUUCAACAAUACAAUAUCAGACCGUGCAACCAGAGUUUCCUUCAAGUAUAGCGCUUCAAGAGGGGUUUAUGGAACACCAACCUUCUACGUCAAUGGGUUCGUAUUGCCAGAUGCUGGUUCUCCCUUAGAUUUUGGAGGAUGGAGAAAAGUUAUCGAUCCUCUGGUUCAAACACACAAGGUCCAGAUGCGAGAUGAUAUCAUUACCUCCCUUUGAUAAGUGCUUUUGCUAAUGUAGUAGUAUCAAAUUAAAAAAAGGUGCUUUUGCUAUGUCCUGGUGACGACCAUCUGUAAAAGUGUAAAGUAAAUAUACUCGGUCAAACCCAUCUGUUGUACAUUGUAAACUCUCUGUAAUGUAUCUGUAGAUUGACCUCCGUCAUCUCUGACUGAUCUUAAAGUGUUUUUGCUGUCUC